AUGCGAACUGGCCUCUCCAAGAUCGUGCGAAUGGUGGCUCAUAACGUCGGUCAGUCGCAAGCGACCUUCAUGGCUGAUCGAGCUCUCGCGAAUUGGUUCGGUCGGUAUCUCGGCAAAUACUGGCAACGAAAAUACAAGUUUGAUCUGAAGAAGGUCCAGGUGUCACCAUCGUGCACAGUGCAUGUGUUGAGUCGUAUAGCAGCCGCUCAAGAGCCUCCCGAGACCUCCCGGUGGUUAAUGUAUCUCCAUGGUGGUGGUUUCUGCAUGCUGGAUCCGCGCUACUACUACGGCCUGGCAGCACAUAUCGCCCGAGAUGGUCGUUUUCAAGGAGUUGUUAUACCUGACUUUAGACUAUCUCCGGAUUUCGGGUACCCAGCUCAACUGGAGGACUGCCUUAGUACAUACGACUGGUUAAGAGAAGAUCAAAAAGCGGCAAAAGUUGCGAUUGCUGGUGAUUCUUCUGGCGGAAAUCUUGCGGCUGCGGUGACUUUGGAAAAGAAAGAUACGCCUCCUGAGGCGGUAGCGUUGUUCUCCCCCUUCCUCGAUCUGACUAUCAGUGGUGAGACCUACGACCUCAACGCGGACACCGAUCGGCUGGUGUCCAAGACCAACGCAAGACGGGCUGCUGAGAUGUACGUCUCUGGUAAAUUCGAACCAAUAACUACAGAAGAGGUGAAGACCAAAAGCCUUAGUGAAGCCGUUUUGUGCGACUCUGUGAAGUUCUAUGAGAAGGUCAGCGGUGCGUCGUUGCCGCCUCUAUCUGAGCUUGUGAAACAGAAGGAGUAUUCACGGCAUGAAAAAAACGGCAAAGUGUUGGAAUUAUUCCCCCAUCAACCACAUGCUUUCGAGGCUUUCGCGCCGAAGAAACCCUCGAGCGAGUUGGCCAUUGAGUCUGUCAGCCGAUUUUUCAAUAAGAGCCUUGCCGAUACAGACACCACCACAGAGAAGUCGAUUUAUCGUGACGGUGAUAAUUGA